AUGGGUGGCGAUCUACAACUGAAGAAAUCUUACCACCCUGCUCUGCUCAAGAACCAGUCCAAAGUCUACGAUGCAGAGCAGGCUGCGCUUGCUGAGCGCAAGAAGACCGAAGCCCGCGUCCAGGAGAUCAAGGAGGAACGCGCCCAAAAGGAGCUACAAGACCAGCUCGAAGCCGCAGGUGGUCGCAAAAGGGUCGACAGGGUCGACUGGAUGUACAAUGGGCCUAGCGAUCAGGGCGGCACCACCGAAGAGCUCGAGGGCUAUCUCCUGGGACGCCGGCGAAUCGACACCAUCCUAACCCGAGGGUCCGACCACGACAACCUCAAGAAGGAGGCAGGCCAGGAAAGCUUUAUGGCCAUUCAGAAUGCGAAUACUGCGCGCGACACCGCCAUCAAGAUACGAGAGGACCCGCUGCUGGCCAUCAAGCGCAGGGAGCAAGAAGCCUACGAAGCCAUGAUGAACGAUCCCAUCAGGAGACGACAACUGCUGGGAUCGAUGGGGAAGACGGAGGAGAAACAGUCUUCGCGGGACAAAGAACAUAGACAUUCGAGACGACACAGGCACCGGCACAGGUCGCAUUCGAGGGAACAUCGCCACCGGAGACACCGACGAUCAGAUUCAAGGGACAGAGAAGACUCAAGAGAACGCCGACCUCGACACCGCAGAGAUGACUCGGCAGACAGAUCCGGGAGUAAUGAGAGGCAUGGAUCGAGGGGAGACCGGCAUAUGGAGCGCGUUGAGAAGAGGAGAUCUAGCCCGGGAGGAGAUGAAUCCAGAGAUCGCGACAGAUCACACAGAGGUCGCUCAAGAAGUCCACGCCGCAGCAACGCCAGGGAUGAGGGAUACAGGCGCCAUCGCGACUAUUCGGAAGAGCCACCGCGCAAAUACCGGCGCCAUGACUCAGGCGUAGUUGAGGACCGUCGUGAUUCACGACCACGAGACUCUUACAGGAAUGGCGCCGGCAACAGCCGAAAUGGAGGUGGCAGCAGUUCAGGCAGCUCGUCGAAUGCUGCUGCGGCUGAAGAGCGGGCUCGCAAGCUAGCUGCCAUGCAAGAGGCCGCGUCGAGUCUCGAUCAGGAUCGAGAACAACGACUGGCCGCGUUGGAGGAGAAGGAGCGGUUGGCAAGAGAGGCGGACGACAAUGCGAGAGAGCGUUCCGGGAAGUACGGGGAGAGGGAGUUCGUGAAUGGUCUACGCCGGAAGCUCAUGGCUUAA